AUGGCUGAUGCACUAAAACCUGAUGAAUUGGCCAUCAAUUCCAAUGUCUUCCCCCAAAAACCUACCAUCAAAGGCAUUGAAAGCAUCAAUAAUGCCACCUUUCCACUUUUGCAGAUUCCAAUUGUCAACAUUGGCAUUCUUAAUUCUUCUCUUUCAUCUGAAGUGGAGGUGGAACUAAGGAAACUGUGCUCAGCUCUGGGUUCAUCUGGUUAUUUUCAGGCAAUUAAUCAUGGAAUGAGUACUUCAUUCCUAGAUGAAGUGCUGGAAAUCACAAGAGCAUUCUUUAACCUUCCAUUGGAGGAGAAACAGAAAUAUCCCAGAGUUUCCAUUGAAUUGGAGGGUUAUGGGAAUAACACUCACAAAAACUAUCAAACCCUUGGAUGGAAUGAACGGCUCCAUCUUAAUGUGCUCCCUGAAACUGCCAGGAACUCUGGAAAAUGGCCACAAAGUCCUGAAAAUUUCAGGAGGGUUUUGCUUGAAUACACAGAAAAACUGAGGGUGAUGAAUGAAAUCAUUCUUAAAGCUAUGGCAAAGUCACUAAACUUGGAGGAGAAUUGUUUGCUGAAUCAAUUUGGAGAAAAUCCACGAGCUGUGUUCGGUUUUAAUUUCUAUCCACCAUGUCCAUUGAUGCCGGAUGUUUUUUAUGCUGCCACGCCCCAUUCAGAUGCGUCUAUGACUAGCUUUAUCUUGCAAGAUAAAGAAGUGGAAGGCCUUCAAGUCUUGAAAAAUAACCAGUGGCAUAGAACUCCGCUUACUCCGGAUGCCAUUGUCGUCAAUGUUGGUGAUCAAGUUGAGAUAAUGAGUAAUGGGAUAUUUAGAAGUCCAGUCCACAGAGUUCCAACAAACAACAAAAGGGAGAGAAUAUCUCUUGCCGUUUUCUUUGGUCCUGAACCUUCGAUCGAAAUCAAACCAGCGGAGGGACUCAUUGAUGAUAAAAAUCCGAGGUUGUACAAGAAUGUCAUAGAUUAUCCUCAACAUUAUAGAGAGAACAUUCAACAUGGGAUCACAAGCCCUUUAGAUGCUUUGAAAAUUUGA